UCCGGAAGAGGCCGCUCUGCGUAGCGGUUUCCAUGGAAACGGAAGAUGGCGCCUCGAAAUCGCCAACUCUCUUCUACACCUCUGGAGAUCCUGCUGUUCCUCAAUGGCUGGUAUUAUGCCACAUAUUUCUUGCUGGAGAUCUUCAUAUUUGUCUAUAAGGGACUGCUGUUGCCAUAUCCCUCUGCAAAUCUGGCCUUGGAUCUGGUUAUGCUUUUCCUCUACCUUGGGAUUGAAGUCGCCCGGAUAUUUUUUGGGUCAAAAGGGAACCUGUGUCAACGGAAAGUGCCGCUCUCCAUCAGCUUGGCUCUAACCUUUCCAGCAGCUGUGAUGGCAGCCUACUAUCUUCUACUGCAGACUUAUGCUCUGCGCUUGGAGGCCAUCCUCAAUGCUAUCCUGCUUCUCUUCUAUGCGGUUGAGUUGUUUCUGGGCAUAAUUACCCUGGCUUCUUUCUCCAGUUUGGACUCCUACUGAGAAUCUGCCUGGAU